GCUGGAAUUACAGGUGUGAGCCACCAUACCCAGCCUAGAAAUUCAUUUUAGCAAAGUCUUGUUCUUACAUAAACUUAUAUGUAAAGCCAGUGGCUUUUGUUCCCGUGACAUGUUCGGAUUAAUGGACAAGAAGGCAUAUGGGUGGUUAGCGGGAUGGAGGCAGGUCUAAAAUUCUGGCACAUGAUAUCUGUUUGCUGGAAUAGAACAGCAAGUGGGAAGGACAGGAUGACUACAGCUAUUUAUCAGGACGGGCACACAGAUGGGCAUGGUGACAUUUGGACAAGGCCCAGGUAGGCCCUAGAAGUCUAAGAUGUAGAAACCCUUGUCCAAACAGGGGGUAGGUAAGAGCAAGAAAUAAUUCUGGUGGGUGAUGCUUGCAAGUCUAGAGAGGGAAGCCCCUGGCUGGGGUAUCAGGGCUCUUGGCUUCCAUGGAGGCAGGCGCUUGGAGAACCAGGCCGGCUACCAUGGGACUUUGCUAUAUUCAAUCUGCAUUCCCCCCCCAAGCAAGCUUAUAAUGGAAUCACUAUGGAAACAGUAUUCAUGUACCAGAAGUCUAUUUUUCACUUAAAUUUUGUUUGAAUGCUUUGUUUUGUUUUUGAGUGCUUUGAACCCGUGAGGUGAGGCACUUCUCUGAUUUUACAGCUCUGCCUGAAUUCAGAUCCUCAACCCCACUGAAUUGGAGGAACCCAGAAAAGUACACCAGCACGAGUUCACCAAUCAGAAAAUAUCACAAGCUUUCUAACAUAAUAAUUUAUGAAGUUAUUCUACUCACUUGAACUACUUUCUCAAAUAGGAAAAAAUAAAGCUGAGCUGCCAGGCAUGAAGAACAGGGUCCAAAUAUGAAUUUUAUAAAAGGAGAAAACAGGAACUACCCAUGCCAGUAGCCAGCACUGCCUAAGGAUUUCUCACAGGGCAUUUUUUUUGCUUGUGGGCUUCCUGUCUCUGGUAAUAUCAUCACUGCUGGCUUGAGAGCCUCUCUAUUUUGCAGCUCAAUAUGCAGAUAUUUAGAAGCCUAUUAUAAAUUUAUCGCCAACAGGCCAGCAGGAUUCGCUCCUCUCCUUCCCCCAUUACUUAUCUUUCUUCUUAAUUCAAAGAGUUAAACGUGUAAUUUGUUAUUUGCCUCUUCAUUUUUGUUUAAUUAUUUUGCCUUUUUCUAAGUUGUGUUUGACUCCGGUGAUUCAUCCAAUAUACGUAAAAAGAAACAAACCAAGUGCUUGGGACGCAUACCCGGGUUAUCUUAACUGUGCAGAGCAGGUUUCCUCCCACUCCGCCCGUAGUCACCCAGAUUAUGACCUCCGUUUUCUGUUUGGGCAGCGGGGGCUCGCCGUCCCCUCGCCCGCGGUGGGUGUCGCAGCGGGUCCCCUCCAGGGUUCUCCCGGAUAGCCGCCGCCACCCCACCGCGCCCCUUCCUACGCGGGGUCUGUGGGCGCCCGGCUCUAGGACCGCAGGGACGCGGGCAGGAGGCGGUGCCCGCCUUCGGUCCUGCCCUCUGCCGCGCGCGGGGUGGGGCCGGACCGGAGUUCCCGAGCUCGCGCUCGCGAGCCGCGGAGGGGGCGCCGAGGGGUGGGCGGGGCUGCGCCGCUGGGCCGCGCUGCUGCCUGGCAGGCCGGGCAUUAGGGCCUCGGCGGAGCCCGCUCCCCUGUGCGCUGGGCGGGGUGGGCGGUGGGCGGCUUCUCGUGCAGGCGCGAGCCGGGAGGCAGCGGCUGCGCCCUGCGCCGGGGCGGAGCCGGGGGCGGGCCGGCGGCCGGCAGGCGGGGGCUGGGGCCCGAGGCCGGGAGUGCCUGAGCGCCGGCGGCGACGACGGCAGCGGCGGCCCAGCGGGCUCGGUGCGUGGGUCCGCGGCGGCUCGGGGUCCGCCCGCGGGCUGCGGUGCGAGCGGGCGGCCCGGCUCCCCUCCUCCCCCGCCCGCCGCCGCCGUGAUUGGGUGGAAGAUGGCGCUGGCCGGAUGGAAAUCCUAAUGACAGUCUCCAAAUUCGCCUCCAUCUGUACCAUGGGCGCCAAUGCUUCGGCAUUAGAGAAAGAGAUUGGUCCAGAACAGUUUCCGGUCAAUGAGCACUAUUUUGGAUUAGUCAAUUUUGGGAAUACCUGCUACUGCAAUUCAGUUCUUCAAGCACUUUAUUUUUGUCGUCCAUUUCGGGAAAAAGUUCUUGCAUAUAAGAGUCAACCUAGGAAAAAGGAGAGUCUUCUUACAUGCUUAGCAGAUCUCUUCCAUAGCAUAGCCACUCAGAAGAAAAAGGUUGGAGUAAUACCCCCUAAGAAGUUCAUCACAAGAUUACGGAAAGAAAAUGAGCUUUUUGACAACUACAUGCAACAAGAUGCCCAUGAAUUCUUAAAUUAUCUACUAAAUACAAUUGCUGAUAUUUUACAAGAAGAGAGAAAGCAGGAAAAACAAAAUGGUCGCUUACCUAAUGGUAAUAUUGAUAAUGAAAAUAAUAACAGCACACCAGACCCAACGUGGGUUCAUGAGAUUUUUCAGGGAACAUUAACUAAUGAAACCAGAUGUCUUACUUGUGAAACUAUAAGCAGCAAAGAUGAAGAUUUUUUAGACCUUUCUGUUGAUGUGGAACAAAAUACAUCAAUUACUCACUGCUUAAGGGGUUUCAGCAACACAGAAACUUUGUGCAGUGAAUACAAGUAUUACUGUGAAGAGUGUCGCAGCAAACAGGAAGCACACAAACGGAUGAAAGUUAAAAAACUGCCCAUGAUUCUAGCUCUACACCUGAAGAGAUUUAAAUAUAUGGAUCAACUUCAUCGAUAUACAAAACUCUCUUACCGGGUGGUUUUUCCUUUAGAACUUCGCCUAUUUAACACUUCAGGUGAUGCCACCAAUCCAGACAGAAUGUACGACCUUGUUGCUGUUGUGGUUCACUGUGGAAGUGGUCCCAAUCGAGGCCAUUAUAUUGCAAUAGUUAAGAGUCAUGAUUUUUGGUUGUUGUUUGAUGACGACAUUGUAGAAAAAAUAGAUGCACAAGCUAUUGAAGAAUUCUACGGGUUGACAUCAGAUAUCUCAAAGAACUCUGAGUCUGGUUACAUCCUUUUCUAUCAGUCUCGGGACUGAGGGGGAACCGUGAUGAAGAGAUACUUUCUGCCUCAUUUCUUCUCUGGUUAUUUUGGAAAGGAUCAAGCACUGAUUUUUCAAGAAAAGAGAAAUGCAGGAAGCUCAGGGGGCAGUAGCAUACUUUGCACACGAUAAAGCAAAGACGAUGGAUUGACAAGCCCUUCCGAUCAUGGUAGUUGAUUUAUUUGCUCAGGUAUCAUGCUGUCUGUACAGUUCCAUACAACAAGGAGGUGAAAUCAGAGAUACCAGCUCCUCUUGUAAAACAGCCUUCCAGUCAUUGGCACGCAUUUUCUCUUUAUUAAUUGCACCAAUAAUGCUUCGAAUUCCUUGGGGGUGCAGUAGAAAGAAUAGGAAUCUGUGCUGUAUUGAUAAGGAGAUGAUGUUGAACACACUGCAUAAAUUUGCCUGGUUCAGUUAUGUAUAGAAGCAUAUUCAGUGGUCUUUUCGAGAGUAAACCAGAAAUACUUUUGGGCCCAACACUUGCAGUUGCCUUCCUGAUGUAAAAACUAACAUGCUAGAUAAUCCAGUGUCGGGAAGACAAAGAUGUUUUGCUUCUCUGAAGAAGCUUAUAAUAAUAUACAGUAUAUAUAUAUGUAGGGAGCAAUUGGUCAAAGUGGCUUUUUGUUUCCCCAAGGGGAAAGACUGGCUUUGUAAUUAUAAUUUUUUCCUUAUUUAUUUUACUUAAAACUGGUAGAGUCUAAGUAUUAUAUGAAGUGCCCAUGAUUCUGUCAGUAAAUUUGAACAUAUUUUUAUUAAUGUCAGUUUAAGUAGUCCUUUUGUUUGUUUCUAUUUUUAAGGUGAAUUUUAAGUUCUAUCUGAAAUCAGUAAGAUACCUUGAGAAAAACUGCAGUGAGAGGAGGUAAAUAUCCUUUUUCAGGAGGAACUGAUAUCUCUGGCUAAGUAUUUGUCCUUUUAUUAUGGUUUCUAAAUCAGUUAUUUUCUUCAGCUUUAAUUUCAUAAAAUUAAAAAACUAUUAAAAAAAUUCCUGUAGUUGUUGGAAUAAUUUAAAAUUCUGGUGCAGUGGUGGUAUACCAAUCUUUAGAAUUCUUAAGUAUUCUAAUGUUUCAAGUUGAGAUCAUGCUUGGGAAAAUCAUAUCAUAGCAUUUAUGUUAUUUUCAGAUGUCAUUUUUUACCCUGGAAAGAAGUAAUAAUGUUCAUCAUAAUCCUAGCAGCCUGGAUAUCGAGCUAAACAAACCCUUUGAAGAUUAAAUUUUAAUCAAGUAGACCGGGAAUACAAAAAAACAAGUCCUUCCUUCCCUUCCCCCCACCUUUACAAAUCUUACUGGAAGGGUGUUCAGAAAUUAAGAUCUGUGUUUGCUAAGACUUCAUUCUGUUGGGGGUUUUAAGAAGGAAUAUAUGUAACAUAAAAUGUAUGUAAACCAUUGCAGUUUUUUUGGACAUUUUUCCAUGCAUCAGUAAGUUGUCUGACAGUAGCCAAAUGUAACUUGAAGAAAAUUACUGAAAAUUAUAUUCAGAAGAAUAGCAAUCAGGCCUUGGAUGUUCUUUAUUAAACUCUUUUCAGGCAGUAAAUUUAAAAAAAAAAUUGUCAUUUUUCUAAAGUUCUUUUUCUAAAACUGUUGACUAUGGAAAACAACAAAAAGGAAUUUUUUAGUCUGCUGCUAUUAUUAACAUUUAUUAUCUGUAUCUUUUGGCUCAGGAAAUGACUUCACCUAUUUUUUCCAUAAGCAGACCUUUAACAGAGUCACUUAAUUGGGCUGCUUAAACAGAUGUUCUGGGAAAAAAUUACAAUAUUUAGUAUUUGUACAAAAUAUCAAAAGUAUUUUGACAAGUUUCUUUUUAAGAUAGUUCCUAAAGCCUUACCCUGGCUAGAGAUGUUUUGUACAAAUUAUAUAUAGCCAGCCUGAUCUACCAACAUGCCACAGAGAAUCACAAUCAACAGUGUGGGAAAGUCAGGGCAGUGGAAGUGAUGCACUCUUUUUAUUUUGAAGGCUUAAACCAAAUUGUCUUGGAAUUAAAGCUGUAUUUCUGCAGCUUUCGGUACAGAGAAAAAGAGGAAAGUGAAGCUGUGUCAGUUUUAACAUUAGCUAUAUCACAACAUGUUUAAGAAAGAUAGAUGAAGUCAUUUGCAUAAAGGUACAGCAUUGAAAUACUAUGUUGUGUUUGUUUUUACAUUUUUGCAUUAAAAAAAUGCAGUAAAAGCCAAGUUAAAUUUCAUAUUAAAGCAAGUUCUAAUAUAUGUGUUGAGUUCCUGGUAAUCACAUACUUGUUCACAUCUACACCAUACUUCAUAGUAUGACUUGUCAGGGGAGGGACUGUGGGGUGACAGUUUUACAUUUACUUUUUCUUCUUAAUGCAGCUGGAUCUAAGUAAAAUGUUUUGAAGUUUAUCAGAAACUCAAUAUACUUUUAAAACAUAUAGGGUCAGAGUUGGGGGAAAGAUACAGGUAUAGUAAGUAAGAAAAGUGACCCAUGAAGAAAGCAUUGUGAGGUUGUAUGUUGGUUGACUGUGAUUAAAAUGCGGGGCUGGUGUAAGUUGUAAGUGGUGGCUGAUUGCCGUGUAACUAUGUACAUGAUUGUUGGGAUGGCUGUCCCAUAUUUUGUAUAUUGGAAUAAAAAUUUCUAUAAAUUAUUGUAACUAAAAGUAAAUAUUCUAAAUUAAGUCCCACUUCUUAAGUCACAUGGCUUCUGUCUUGGAAAUUUUACCUUUAAAAGAUUUAAGACGGGAACCAGGAGGCUUGGGAACAGGGAAAGAAGGAAAUGUUGUAUUAUGUGGGUCUUGGGGCCUCUAACCAUCAGUAUAGGGUUUUUUCUUUCCUUGAUGGCAGUAGAAAGACCUCAUUUUCAUAACAUAACUACUCUUGAUACUUUCUUUAAAAACACUUUUUAUUAAAGAUUCUAUCAUGAGGUGUUUGGCUGGGAGCUGGGAGGCUAAAGCGCUCGUGUCCUGGCUCUUCAGUGAAUUUAACUGUGUGACCUUGGGCAAGUCACUUAACCUCUCUGUGCUUCAGUCUCCCUGUCUUGUAAAAUGGGAGUAAUACCUACCUCACAGGGUUGUUGUGGGGAUUAAUUAGAGAUAAUGUCUGUAAAGCAUUUAAGGUUCUUGAAGAAGGCACUAUAUAAAUACAAAAUAAUAUCUAUUAAAGUUGGUUUAUUUGUG